GAUGUCUCGGUUGGACAGUAUAAAUUUUUCACAAAAAAAAAAAUAAUUUCCCCACAAACGUUAAUAUUUAAUUGAAACCACAUUUAACAAAAAUUAAAACACUUCUUAACAAUGGAAGAUCACGCAAAAAAUCAAUAUUUAGCUGGAAUAUGUGUAAAUAUAAUCUCAAUAUCAUACGGUGCCUUCAAUGGAUGGCCAUCAGCUAGUUUUGUGGAGAUGCAAUCGUCUAACAGCCCCCUUGCAUCAGGUCCUUUAACGAAUAUCGAAGCUGGUUGGAUUGUGUCAAUGCUUAGUGUGGGUGGUUCGCUGGGCACAAUUUUAUUUUCUUGGGCGGCAGAUAAAAUUGGUAGAAAACGUUGUUUAAUUUUAAUAGCGUUACCAGCAUUAUUGGGAUGGUGGAUUAUACCUUUGUCGAAAAAUCCUCUCCAUUUAGCAGCAUCAAGAUUUUUGGGUGGAUUUUCCGGUGGCGGAUCAUUCGCUGUUAUUCCGGUCUAUACAACAGAAAUAUCUGAGGAUAGGGUUCGUGGAAAACUGGGUACUUUUCUAGUUUUAUCCUGUAAUAUUGGUAUUCUCUUUGCUUUUAUCCUUGGAAACUAUUUUAGUUACGACAUUGCUGCAUGGAUUCUAUCAGCAUUGCCAUUAACAUUUUUAAUAACAUUUAUCUUUCUACCAGAAAGUCCACAAUUUUUUAUUAACAAAAACAAUAUUAAGGAGGCUGAAAAGUCUUUGUGUUAUUUUCGCAACUGCAAAUUUUCCGGUAAAGAAAUACCUCAAACAGUUAAAAUCGAUCUUGAAAAACUAAUGGAAGGCAAUACUCUAACAAAUCCAAACUCUAUAGAUGUAAGCAUUGGCCUCAAGGACUUUGUUGAGCCCAAAGCUCGUAAAGCGUUCAUAAUUGGAAUCGCAUUGAUGGCCAUUAAUCAAUUUUGUGGCUGCUUCGCAAUGCUUAACUAUACGGCAACAAUUUUUAAAGAAUCUGGAUCAAAUCUAACACCUAAUAUGUCUGCGAUUAUAGUUGGUGUCAUACAAUUACUUGGUUCGUAUAUGUCGACAAUACUAGUUGAACGUGCUGGACGCAAGGUUCUAUUAACAAUAUCAUCAAUUGGAACUGGUAUUGGUCUGUUAUGUCUUGGAACGUUUAUGUAUCUUAGUAAGUUGGGAUUUGAUAUAAAGACAUUUUCAUGGAUACCAGUUGCUAGUUUUUCUUUUACCAUAUUCAUUGCUUGUUGGGGUGUUUUAACUCUACCAUUUGUCGUGGUAUCCGAAAUAAUGCCACCGAAGAUAAGAAAUGCCGGUUCCAUGAUUUGCAUGUUGACGCUGUGGCUAUUUUCAUUCUUUUUAUUAAAAUAUUUGACUGUAUUGUCAGAACUAUUUGGAAUGUAUGGAAUAAUGUUUGUUUUCGCCAGCUGCUGUUUUGUUGGAGCAAUAUUUAUUGUUCUAUUUGUACCUGAAACUAAAGGAAAAAGUAUUGAAAAAAUAUUAGAAAAUUUAUAAUAAAAAUAGUACACAAUUACUCAAAUCCAUUAUAAGUGCAUAAUAUUAAUUGCUCAAUAAAAUAUUUAUUAUUUAAAAAUU